AUAAAAUGAAAGGAUUCGUGAAAUUGCUACUAUUUAAUUAUAAAGUGGCUUAACUGUCACAUCGUUUCAACCAUGAAAUACUUAUUAGUAUUCUGUUUCUCUGUAGCCGGGGUGCUGGCUAAACAUGAAAUUUACGAUGGACACGCCGUUUAUCAAGUAGACGUUGCCUCAAUGGACCAAGUCAAAUUGGUCCAUGACUUCGAAAAUGAUUUGAUGCUCGAUGUCUGGUCUGAUGCUGUACCCGGACGCCCUGGCAAAGUCCUCGUCCCCAAAUUCAAGAGGGAAAUAUUUGAAAACUUCCUCAAACAGUCUGGAGUGCAAUACAAGCUCGCAGUUGAAAAUAUUAAAGAACAGUUGGAAUUGGAAGAUCAACUCCUAGCCGCAGCUGCAGCUAAGAGCAACAGCACCAGAUCGCGUCUGUCUUUUGACAAAAUCCACAGUUAUGAAGAGGUCGAUGCUUACUUACAAGAGCUUGCAAAAGAAUUCCCAAACGUUGUCACCGUUGUUGAAGGAGGAAAGAGUUUCGAAGGCAGAUCCAUUAAGUACCUCAGAAUUUCUACCACCAACUUCCAAGACGCCAGCAAGCCCGUGGUCAUGAUGCAGUCUCUCCUCCACAGUCGUGAAUGGGUGACCCUCCCUGCGACUCUCUACGCCAUCCACAAACUUGUAAUUGAUGUCACAGAAUCUGACCUGAUCAACAAUAUCGAUUGGAUCAUCUUGCCUGUAGCCAAUCCUGAUGGUUAUGUUCACACUUUUAGCCAUGACCGUUUCUGGAUAAAGAACCGCGCCACCGGCUACAUGAUCGCCAACUUUUGCGUGGGAGUAGACCUCAACACGAACUUCGACAUGAACUGGGGCUCAGUGUCCAGCUCCAUCGCUUGCGCUGGAAACUUCCACGGCAGAAGAGCCUUCUCCGAACCCGAAACCUCCGUCAUCAGGGACAUCAUCGCUGAACAUCGCAACCGAAUGGCCUUAUUCCUUGACAUUCAUAGCCAUGGCAGCAUGAUCUUGUACGGUUAUGGAAAUGGAGUUCUCCCCUCCAAUGCUUUGCAACUUCACUUAGUAGGAGUCCAAAUGGCCCAAGCUAUCGACAGGGUCAAAUGGUCCACCAACAAGGACUAUAUUGUUGGUAAUACCCUCCAUGUUUCUAAUAUUGCAUCUGGUAGUGCUAGUGACUACGCUAGGCAAGCUGCUGCUCCAUUCUCGUACACCUAUAAAAUACCCGCUUAUAGAAAUGGUAAUUGGUUAGAAGUUUACCUUGUAGACCCUGAUUUUAUUGAACAAGCUGGCUUUGAGACUUGGGAAGGUAUUAAAGUUGGUGCCAGAGCUGCGGCCGCUGCUGCUAAAGAAUUGAAGAAAGUCAAUACUAGAUAUUCAUUAAAAUCUAAUCUAAUCAAAUUCAAGAGGGAAAUAUUUGAAAACUUCCUCAAACAGUCUGGAGUGCAAUACAAACUCGAAGUUGAAAAUAUUAAAGAACAGCUGGAAUUGGAAGAUCAACUCCUAGCCGCAGCUGCAGCUAAGAGCAACAGCACCAGAUCGCGUCUGUCCUUUGACACAAUCCACAGUUAUGAAGAGGUCGAUGCUUACUUACAAGAGCUUGCAAAAGAAUUCCCAAACGUUGUCACCGUUGUUGAAGGAGGAAAGAGUUUCGAAGGCAGAUCCAUCAAGUACCUCAGAAUUUCUACCACCAACUUCCAGGAUGCCAGCAAGCCCGUGGUCAUGAUGCAGUCUCUCCUCCACAGUCGUGAAUGGGUGACCCUCCCUGCGACUCUCUGCGCCAUCCACAAACUUGUCAUUGAUGUCACAGAAUCUGACCUGAUCAACAAUAUCGAUUGGAUCAUCUUGCCUGUAGCCAAUCCUGAUGGUUAUGUUCACACUUUUAACGGUGGCCGUUUCUGGAGAAAGAACCGCGCCACCGGCUACAUGAUAUUCAACUAUUGCGUGGGAGUAGACCUCAACAGGAACUUCGACAUGAACUGGAGCACAGCGUCCAGCUCCAUCGCUUGCUCUGAUACCUUCCACGGCAAAAGCGCCUUCUCCGAGCCCGAAACCUGCGUCAUCAGGGACAUCAUCGCCGAACAUCGCAACCGAAUGGCCUUAUUCCUUGACAUUCAUAGUUAUGGCAGCAUAAUCUUGUACGGUUACGGCAAUGGUGAUCUCCCUUCCAAUGCUUUGCAGGUCCACUUACUCGGAGUCCAAAUGGCCCAAGCUAUCGACAAGGUCAAAUGGUCUACCAACAAGGACUAUAUUGUUGGUAAUGGCUUCCAUGUUAUGUAUGCUGCAUCUGGUAGUGCUAGUGACUACGCCAUGCAAGCUGCUGCCCCAUUCUCGUACACCUAUGAACUUCCUGCUUAUAGAAACGAUGAUGGGUUAGAAGGAUUCCUUGUAGACCCUGAUUUUAUUGAACAAGCUGGCUUUGAGACUUGGGAAGGUAUUAAAGUUGGUGCCAGAGCUGCGGCCGCUGCUGCUAAAGAAUUGAAGAAAGUCAAUACUGCUUAAGAUUAUUUUAUACUAAUUAAAUUAUUUUUGACACUGCAA